AAACAGUACAUGCAGCUGGCAAUUCAAGAAGGUUGUGGUUCUCCUAUCACAUGUCCGGACAUGGUAUGCUUGAACCAUGGGACCCUACAAGAAGCAGAGAUUGCCUGUUUGGUGCCUGUUGACCAGUUUCAGUUAUACAAGAGGCUGAAGUUUGAACGAGAAGUUCACUUGGACCCCCAGAGGACGUGGUGCCCUGCAGCCGACUGCCAAACGGUGUGCCAUAUUGCACCGAGCAAGUCAGGAGCACCGGUGCCGGUGGAGUGCCCGGCUUGCUGCCUGACGUUCUGCUCUUCUUGCAAGGAGACAUGGCACCCGCAGCGCCUGUGCCAGGAAAACCAAACUACUCCAGUACCAACUGAGCAGGGAUCACUUAUUGGAACGGAGACAGAGGCACCAAUUAAGCAGUGCCCAGUUUGUCAGAUCUAUAUUGAGCGAAAUGAGGGCUGUGCUCAGAUGAUGUGCAAAAACUGCAAGCACACGUUUUGCUGGUACUGUCUACAGAACUUGGAUAACGAUAUCUUCUUAAGACAUUACGACAGAGGCCCUUGCAGAAACAAGCUGGGCCACUCGCGGGCUUCCGUGAUGUGGAACAGAACGCAGGUUGUGGGCAUCCUUGUUGGACUAGGUAUCAUAGCAUUGGUGACUUCUCCCUUGCUGCUCGUGGCAUCUCCAUGCAUCAUCUGCUGCAUUUGCAAAUCUUGCCGAAGCAAAAAGAAAAAACACAGCCCGCCAACAACCUAA